AUGCCUGCAAUGUCCCCCACAAUGGAGGAAGGUGGCAUUGUUUCCUGGAAAGUAAAGGAAGGAGAUAAGUUUGAUGCAGGUGACGUUUUGCUCGAAGUGGAAACCGAUAAGGCCAAUAUUGCUGUCGAGGCUCAGGAUGACGGUGUCAUGGCCAAAAUUCUCAAACAGGAGGGAGAGAAGGAAAUUAAAGUGGGCACUCCAAUUGCGUUUCUAGCAGAGGUCGGGGACAAUUUGGCUGAACUUGAGUUCCCAGAAGUGGAAGAGAAGAAGCAAGAACCUAAAAAAGAGGCAGCAAAGACGCCAGAACCAGCACAGCCAUCCCCACAAGCUGAGUCUAAUAAAACGAACAAGACCAGCACUCCUGUUGCAUCUGGAAAAGCCGACCCGAAACAGGUGUUUUUGCCAUCGGUGGAGCUUCUGCUGGAGGCCAACGGAAUAUCUAGAGACGAAGCACUGUCAAAGAUUGCAGCCACGGGGCCUAAGGGACGGAUACUGAGGGGUGACGUCAAGGCAUACUUGGGCCAAAUCGAUUCCUCUAACAACUCAAAAAUUGCUGCCUACUUGGAUUCAAAGUCCCAUCUUGAUCUAUCAAACAUAGAGCUUCGUCCUGCUGCUGCCCCAGAAAAAGCUCCUGCUAAAAAAGAGAAGCCAAAGAAAGAGCCGCUCAAAAUCACUCAUCAGUACGUUUUGCCAGACAGUAUUGUGAAGGAUGAUAUUCUCAGGUUGGUGUCGAAAGCUGAGCAAAAGGCCUACGGCAAGCCUCUUUAUGCGCCAUCUGAGUUGAUCGAUCCGCUCUUUGAAGACAUUAUUGCACCACCAAGAAACGCUGAACGUUUCAAAAUUAACACCAGCUUCCAAACCUCCGUGGCUGAGCCCGAAGAUGACUUUGAUUUUGAACCCCACCAGGAAGUCCAACAGCCAAAGAUCUUGGACGUGGAACUUGUGUGCACAGACGUGGUCGACGCCAAAGCUCGUGCAGAGAUGUUUGUGGAAAUUCUCGAGAAAUACAUUUCGCGAGCAGGGCCUAAAAUUAACUAG